UAUACGCUGUAGUCCGUCCCUAACCUGACUCUGCCGUCGCCGGAAUCGCUGCCGCCGCCGACUAUCGCCUUCUCGUCGGUAGAUUCCUGUAAUUUUAUUUUACCUCGCAUUCUGGUCGUCAGCAUUGCUCCAUUAUCGACUCCAUACAUAUCCACCUUCGCUCUUCACCUUUGGAUUUCUCCCUGUGCUUCGUCUUCUCCAUUCUGAAAGCUUUUCUCAAUUUCAUCUGUAGAUUUUGAACAACUCAUUGAUUGAUGCAGAUGCUUUAAUGGUUUGCAGUUUUUUGGAGAAUUUCUUUCUAGUAUUUUAUCUCUUGGAUUGAUUAUCCACUAUCCAGUGGUCCGAUUUUCUCCUCGAUAACUAAAUUUCCGAAAUGCUUUGACCUCCGCAAUGUCUUCGGCGGUUACAUUUUGCAUUUGCUUCUUAACCAGUUUGUUCCUGUUUGCCGCGGAAUCUGUGAGCGCUUCCUUGAACGACGACGUUUUAGGAUUGAUUUUAUUCAAGGCAGAUGUACAGGACCCCGACGGAAAAUUGGCUUCCUGGAACGAAGACAGCGACAGUCCUUGCAAUAAUUGGGCCGGAGUUAGCUGCGAUCCGAGUUCCAAUCGAGUGUCCGGCGUCGUCCUCGACGGCUACGGCCUGUCGGGUAAGCUAGGGCGAGGGAUUCUUCAAUUGAAAUUCCUGCAGACACUCUCGCUCUCGCGGAACAACUUUUCCGGCGAUGCAACCGUCGGUUUCGCACAGCUGAGUGAUCUCCGAGUGCUGGAUUUGAGCGAGAAUGCUUUCUCUGGUUCAAUCGGAAAUGAUUUCCUUACUCAGUGCGGGAAUUUGCGCUCCCUUUCCCUCUCGAAGAACACCUUCUCAGGCUCGAUUCCUAAGAGUUUGAGCUCCUGUUCGUCUCUGGCUUCCCUCAAUCUCUCCGGCAACCAGUUCUCAGGACGAUUGCCGCCGCAGAUUUGGUCGUUGUCGGCACUCGGUUCGCUCGAUUUAUCGUACAAUUUGUUGGAGGGUGAAAUCCCUGCCGGCAUUGAAGGUGCGAGCAGUUUGGGGGAAAUAAUUCUGAGGAACAAUCGUCUCUCCGGCGAAAUUCCCGAUGGAAUUGGGAACUGCUUGGGGCUAAGGGUAAUCGAUUUUAGUCUAAAUUCGUUUUCUAGAGAGAUUCCGAGCAGUUUGCAGAAACUCUCGUUAUGUAGUGAUCUGAUUCUCCAUGGAAAUGCAUUUACUGGAAAUAUCCCUGAUUGGAUUGGAGAAUUGAGAAGUUUAGAAACUCUAGAUCUCUCCGCUAACAUGUUCUCCGGCGAGAUUCCGACUUCCUUGUCGAAGCUGCAGCAGUUGAAGGCCGUGAAUCUUUCAACCAAUUCCCUCACCGGAAGCCCUCCGGAGACUAUGAUCAACUGUACAAAUCUUAUAACUAUUGACUUUAGUCACAAUGCUUUAACAGGUAAUCUCCGUUCUUGGAUGUUCGACCUCGGUUUGCAGAGAGUUUUGCUUUCGGACAACAGGUUAAGCGGCAGUACCGGAGAUGCUUUCGCUUCAUCGACAGAGAAUUCGCGAGGACGCCUUCUGGUUUUAGAUGUCUCGAAGAAUAAUCUCUCCGGCACAAUCCCGAUUGCUUUAAGAAAUUUCUAUAGCUUGCAGGUUUUGAAUAUGGCAGGGAAUUUGCUCCAUGGCAGCAUUUCUUCAGAGCUUGGAUCAAUGGCGUCUCUUGUGGAGCUGAGGCUUGAAAAUAAUUCACUCGGCGGCGACAUCCCUGCAUCUAUCGGCGACUGUGCUGCCCUGGUAUCGUUGUCUGUCGCGCGCAACGAGCUCACCGGCUCUAUCCCGGGAUCUAUCGCGAAACUUACGAACCUUCAAACGGCGGACUUCUCGUUUAAUCAGCUGAGAGGAACCCUUCCGAAGCAGCUCGAAAAUCUCGUCAAACUUCGGGUAUUCAACAUUUCACACAAUCAGCUACACGGCGAGCUGCCAUUGAGCGUUUUCUUCAACACCAUCGAUCCCUCGUCUGUGUCUGCAAAUCCGUCCCUCUGUGGCGCAGCCGUCAACAGAAGCUGCCCCGGAGUUGUCCCCAAGCCAAUAGUUCUUGAUCCAAACGCUACCGACGCUGCCACAACAGGCUCGACGACUCCCGGUUUCACGCACGGGAGGAAGAAGAUUCUCAGCGUCUCAGCUCUUAUCGCCAUCGGCGCAGCCGCUGCCAUCGUUGUUGGUGUAAUUGCUGUCACUGUGGUUAAUCUCCGCGUUCGCGGAGCAACAUCUCAGUCGACUGUGGCUCUGAACUUUUAUCCUGCCGGUGACGACUUGAGCCUCUCGACAUCGAGCGACACAGAUUCCGGCAAGCUCGUUGUGUUUUCAGAUAAUCUCGAUUUCCCGAUGGGCACGUGCGCGCUUCUUAACGAAGACUGCAAGCUCGGACGCGGAGGAUUCGGAGCCGUUUACCGGACUACACUCGAAGACGGGCGAUCCAUCGCGGUAAAAAAGUUAACCGUCUCGAGCCUCGUCAAAUCCGAAAAAGAUUUUGAACGAGAAGUCGAGAAGUUGGGGACGGUUCGCCACGUAAACGUCGUGGCGCUUCACGGAUACUACUGGACUCCAUCCGUACAGCUUCUCGUAUACGAAUUCGUCGCCGGCAGAAACCUCGACACAUAUCUGCACGAAGAAACCGAGCGGGGGACGUUAACAUGGAACGAGCGGUUCGACAUUAUCGUCGGGAUUGCGAAAGGGCUGUCUCAUCUUCACAGGAUGAACAUAGUCCAUUACAAUUUGAAAUCGAGCAAUAUCUUGAUCGAUGAUGGCGCGGGUGAGGCCAAGGUUGCGGACUAUGGCCUCGCCCGGCUUCUGCCGAUGCUGGAUCGAUACGUUCUCGGCAGUAAAAUUCAGAGCGCGCUCGGAUACAUGGCUCCCGAGUUUGGGUGUGAGAAUUCUUCGAUCACCGAGAAAUGCGACGUAUACGGGUUCGGGAUUUUGGUGAUGGAGAUUGUAACGGGGAAGAGGCCCGUCGAGUACUUGGAAGACGACGUGGUUGUGCUCUCGGAUAUGGUUCGACGUGCGUUAGAUGAUGGAUGUAUUGAGGAAUGCGUCGAUGGGAGGCUGCGAAGGUUCCCGAGCGAGGAGGCCGUUCCCGUGAUGAAGCUCGGGUUGAUUUGCACGUCUCGGGCGCCUUCGAACCGGCCGGAGUUGGGGGAAGUUGUGAGCAUUUUGGAGAUGAUUCGAUGCCUCGGCAAUGGAUAAUGGAUAGAGCAACGAUUUUUUUGGUAGUGAAAAAGAAAGAAGUUAUUUUUUGCUGUUAAAUGAUGUCUCACUUAAAAAUAUAUAUUUAAUUACAUAUUAUAUAGUUUUUCAAGGAAAACGGAUUUGUCAUUUUCUUUAUUAAGUUUUGUUACAUGUGAUUCUUGAAUGUGUGAUUUACAUGGAAUUUGAUUGUAUUAUUGUA